ACCUCGUUCAGAGAGGCAAAGAGAGGAGGAAUUACAUUCAGAUCAACCAGAGGAGCACCAACGUGAGAUAGCUUCAGGCCAGAGCUCUAAAAACAACCUGUUCAACAUGAGCCACCAGGUUUGCCACUGCGGUUGGUCCAAAGUGACCACCUACCAGGGCCUGAGAACUCACCAGGGGAAGAUGGGAUGCACACCGAAGGGAAUGCACAUCCCAGAGAACAAACUAUAUAGUUACCUUCCACUAAGCCUUAACCAACCAAGUCUAAUCAAGUUAAAUGACCUUUCUACGAAUAUCUUCAGGACUUCCAUGAAGCCUGAGUUAGAGAGCUGGCAGGUUUGCCACUGUGGCUGGUCCAAAGUAACCACUUACCAUGGCCUACGAACUCACCAGGGGAUGAUGGGAUGCACGCCGAAAGGGAUAAGGAUCCCAGAACCUGACAAGAACUCUUGGAGCAGCGAGUGGGAACAAUCCCAUCAAAAUGACAAUUGGAGAGCUCUGACAGCUCCAGUAAAGGAAGAGAAAGUGUUCAUGUCUCCAAACCGUGCCAUCCAAAUGAACUCUGGACCCACACAUGCCCUAGAACAGGACAUGUACCCACCAAAGGUCCAAACUAAAGAGGAUUAUCAAGAUAUGGUUGAAAACCCGAUGACCUCUAAAACUCUUGAGUUUACAUUUAGCUGUCAGACAGAUACAUCAUCACCUUUAAACAUCUUUACCACUCAGAGGAGCUUUUCGCCCUCGCGGAUCCCACCAACCGAGUCCGUCACAUCAAUUUUUCAGACUCCACCACACUCCCAACUACAUUCUGGAUCCUCGAAAAAAGCUUGUCGAGUGCUAGACUUCUCUUCUGUUGCAAUCAAUGCCUCCGAAGACGCAGACAAGGAUGCAGUGAUUGAUGAAAAGGAGAAAGAAAGAGAAGCUAAGAGACUGCUGCAGGCAAGGCAAGACAUGAUGAAGGUCCAGUUACAGCAGAAAAUUCACAUUCGAGAGCAAAAGAUGGCUGAAGUCAGAUCAGCUGAAAAAAGCUGCAAGGGCAGUUUGGAUGCUGAGUGGCUGCAGAUCAACAGUGUGUUCUCAGAGGUGAUCAGAUCAGUGGAGGACGCUCGGCUGAAAGCCCUCGAGCCUCUGGAGAAGAGGAGACAAAAAGUAAAAAGAGAAGCACAAAAUCUCCUGCAAAUGCUGCAAGGAGAAAUUGAUAGACUCAGAAACUCCAUUGAUGAACUGGAAAGAAACCCAGACUUGCAGGCCUCUCCACCUUCAGGCCUGGAUGACUCUAAAGGGAUGAACAAUCUACAUAUUGACACCUCCUUUUCAUUUGGCACCCUGAGAGUUACAACAUCUACCAUGAUGAAAGAGAUCCAGGGUCAUCUGGAAAACCUGUCCUCCCUCGAGCUCAAGAGGACAGCAACAUUUGUAGUGGAUGUAAAGUUGGACCCAGCCACGGCCCAUCAGUGCCUCGUACUGUCCAAUGACGGGAAGAAAGUGAGAGAUGGAGGAGAGAAGCUGAAAGGUCCCGACGCUCCAGAGAGGUUCGACAUGUUUGGCAGUGUCCUCGGUAUCAACAGCUUGAACCGUGGGAGGUCAUACUGGGAAGUAGAAGUCAAAAACAAAACCGGCUGGGAUCUAGGUGUAGCACGGCGCAAUGCAAACCGCAAGGGGAUACUUGAGCUGAACCCGAACAACGGUUACUGGGUUGCUGUGCAUUUUGAAAACAGAAAGUACGCAGCCAUGACGGUACCUCCCACAAACCUUCCUCUGAAGGAGAAACCUGAGAAAGUUGGAGUCUUACUCGACUAUGAGGAAGGUGUUGUGUCAUUUUAUGACGUGACAAACAAGUCACAUAUUUUCUCGUUUACUGAGUGUUUGUUUAAUGAUGACAUUUUCCCAUAUUUCAGUCCGCAUCUAAAAACGAAUGAUAAAAAUGCUGAUCCUCUGAUUAUAUCUGCUGUAUAAAAGUAGACGUAAUUAUGAAAAGUGCAUUAUACUGAUGUACUGAGGGCACAAUGUAAUGAUAUGCACCUCUGGUAAAUAAGUGUGAAAAGCUUUAAAAGUAUCAUUUGUUGCAGUCGGAUAUUCUCACCAUACAAAAAUCCAUCCUCUAAUUUGGGGAAAAAAAUACCAUGCAAUGACGUUCUCAUUUAUAAAAUAACUGGUUUCAUGCCUAGUGGCAAUAAUUCCUAGGAAAUACAUAAAACCAAAGCAUUUUUGAUGUAUAUUUUACUUUUUUAAGUUGAUGUGAGUGUGAGAGGAUUUUUAAAUUUGUGUCCAUGACAUCCUGUUUUACUGGAAUGUAAAAAUUACGUUACACAGAGGCACCAUUGGCUCAGCCACUCUUAAAAAUGGGAAAGAUUCGAGAACAGGGCAUUCAUGUAAUAUAGAUGUGCGUUGACCUUCAUAAGUCAGAAAAUGGCUACAAGAAAAUAACUACUCACCUAAACUUACCAAUAUCUACAGUCAGUCCAAAAUGUAACAAUUUAAAACCCCAACUGUAGCAAACAAGGUUCAGUGAGGAGUAGAUAUGCGCUGGUUACUAGUAACCAGGUAGCACUCCCCCUCACAUCAAUCCUAUGAUUUAAAGUUAUUGUAGACGAGAAAGUGCCAGAUUGACCAGAGUUUUCUCUGGUUGCAUGAAGCACAUAGUAAGGCACAGAUUCCCCUCCCCCACAUGUUGUUGUAAACUACAGGCUAGCCAGCUAAUACUAAACAGGUCUCUACCUCACAAGAUGCAGAAAAGACAAAUGUUUCCACAUGGAAAUGUUUCCCAUCACCCAAAACAGAUAGUCAUGACUGGUUAACUUAGCAGGUAACUCAACUAAUUAGCCAGUUAAUUUCACAUUUUAUAUGCUACAACUUUAUUAUGAGGAGAACAGCAAAAGUUAUUUUGGGUAGAGAAGGCCCAACUCACCGCUGACUUUAACAGACAUUUUUAUCUAUACUGGCACUAUACUAUUCUUGAAAACACUAAAACAGUAGUAACUGUUGUUUCAAAACAAUAAGGUUGGGGUGAGUUUAGGCUUUAGCUUCUAUUUUUUAUAAUCAACGCAAUAUUUUUGCAAAGUUUAGCUGAAAAUAGCAAAGCAAACAACUUCCUUAUAAGUUUCACCAUAUGACACUUCACUGACCUACUUUCAUCCCAAAAAGUGGUGAGGGUUUUUUCAAGAAAAGUUAUUUUCAACUUCUUGUUUUGUGCCUUAAUGUGUGAAUGAUGCUGAUAAUCCUUGACUUGAAAAAGUUCUCAUACAUGUUGAACCUUUUUGAAUUCGGUCACUUACAGCCACAAACUUUAGGCUAGUUUAUUGGGAUUUUAUGGUAUAGACAUAAAAAUAUAUAUUUAUUGACUUGCAUAUUUGAAAACCUUCUUUUGUUGAGUUAUUUUAGUUUUUCUUUGCUAUCAUGGCAAUUCAUUUUAAUUGUAAAUGUAUUCAUAUUUGUGUAUCUUUGAAAAGAACAUCAUGAAUAGACUUGAUUUGCUUACUUGACCAAUACAAAGCAGUGCAUAAUUGUGAAAUGAAAAGAAAAUUGAAAUGUUUCUUACAAAUAAAAAAGUGGGGCAUGA